AUGGAUAUAAUUGGAAAAAUUCAUCCCCCAUCAUCUAAGCAACAUGUGUGGAUCCUUGUCGCGACAGAUUUCUUCACAAAAUGGGUUGAGGCCAAGCCGUACACUUCUAUCUCAAGUGAAACAGUGAUUACCUUCAUUAAACAAGAGAUUGUACAUCAGUUUAGCGUCCCAGAAACAAUUAUUGCGGAUCGUGGAUCCGUCUUUAUCUCUGAUGCUGUGCAUAGUGCUGCUAAGGAUUUGGGAAUACAAAUGAUUCAUUCUACCCCCUACUACCCCAAAGCAAAUGGCCAGGCAGAAGCUUUUAAUAAGGUGGUGAUUAACGUAUUAAAGCGAAUGAUAACAGAUAAGCCGCGCAAUUGGCAUAAUGUUUUGUCUGAGACAUUAUGGGCCCUUCGAACCUCCAAGCGAUCAGCAACUGGUACAACACCAUUUUCUUUGACAUAUGGCCACGAUGCCAUGCUUCCAGUUGAAACAAAAAUCAAAGCCCUACAAGUAGCAGAACAAAAUAGUCUAACUACCGGUGACUAUACUCAAGCAAUGCUACAAGAAUUGGAAGAACUAGACCAAGCUAGAUUGGAUGCCUACAACAAGAUUGAAGCUAAAAAACGUGCAAUGGCAAGGGCUUAUGAUAAACGGGUUUGA